AUGGCACCGUCCAGCGAGUAUGCCGUUAGCGGAGGUGGCCGGUUGAAGAUCAAGGGUUCAAAGGUCCAGGACGGCCGCGUGGAGAAGAAGAAGAAAAAGAAGAAGAGAGAUAAGGAGAAGGAAGAGGGAGAUGUGUCUGUGAGAGUGGAAGAAGAAGAAGAAAAUGCUGAUACCGGAGAAGAAGCCGGCUCGAAGGAGGAAAAGGACAACCAACGGCGGAGUGCGAGUGAGCAAGUUGAUGGCGAUGGGAAGACAGAGGCAGAGAGGAGAUAUGCGGAAGCAAAAAGGAAGAGACUGAACGAACGACUAAAACGUGAGGGAGUCAAGACACAUAAAGAACGCGUGGAGGAGUUGAACAAGUACCUCAGCAAUCUGAGUGAGCAUCACGACAUGCCGAGAAUUGGACCAGGAUAACACUUGGGGGGGAGAUCUUGCUUUUGUCUUUUUCUUUUCUUUUCAUAUCUGCAUCUAUCGACAAUAUCAAAUAGGCAUGCACGAUAUCGGUUGCUUUUUGGAGUUCUCUUGUUUCUAUGGUCUGGAUUUACUAUGGAGAACAGUAUAGUCUAAUAUUGAUAUUAUUCGGUAGAUACCCUUUAUAUCAC